UACAAUAUAUACAUACCCAUUUUCCUUAACUCUGCAAUUUUCUGCAUAUAAAUUUAAAGUAUGCAGCAUUGCCUUACCUUCGAAGUAGACAUUUAAUCAGCUGCAUUUUUUUAUCAAACAUUAUUAUCAAAGACUUGAAAUUACAUACCUAGCUGACAAAGUUUUUUUGAAUACCCACAAAACGCGUUCUUCAAACAUGCCCCUUUCUCUAUGCCUUACACAUGUAAAAAGGGUUUAUUACCGUGAGAUCUAUAAGAAGAUCCGUAAAGCAGUAUUUAUUUCCGAAGCAAUCAGCUAAAAAACUGCACGUGGUCGGGAUCAAGGUUAGGUUAGCUCCGCGGGGCUGCGCGCGAACCUCGCCCGCCGUUCGAAAUACCGCGACUGCGCGCGCGGUUUGAAAUUUAAAAACGAUGCGCGCAUCCGACGCGCCCGUUGCAUGUUUAGACCCGAAGAUCCGCCGUGAAGAUCCUUCGAAUAAAAGAUUCCACUUAUCUUUGUAUCCUUCCUUCGUGGCGAGUUUUGUCAUCCGCGAACGACUCGAUCAGUAAGAGCGUCGGUUGGUCGCGCUUUGACCGUUGUCAGUCGACUGCAACGGUGCCGGCUUGGUCGCCUUUACCACCACAAAUCCACCAUCUUUCGCUCCUCACUUAUCGUCCCCGCACACGCGAUAUACAGGACCCACGCGGUUUUUCUUCUCGCCAGUUUGUCUUUCUGCUUCUCGUCGCGCGGACCGAUCCUGACGCGAAAAGUGCAAGGACAUGAAGCUUCUCCUGGUCGUCCUCCUAGCGCUAUCCAAAAUGGCGGACGCGCAGAUCCUUCAACUCGGCCCUUCACUCGUUCUCAACGGGAUAACGAACGCCGCGUCAACCGCUACGAAUUUCUUAUCCGGAGUUUUGCAACGCCAAAAGGACCUUCUCCACCAAGUCACGGACACUGCCACGGAUUAUGUCGUCAAUGCGGUAGAAAAGCCGAAGAACUUGUUACUCAACGCCGGAAGAGCGACGACUGAUUACAUCGAUAGUGCUGCUUCGAGAGGACUGGAGUUCAAGCUGAGGAGGCUUUUGGAGAGAUUUCGAGAACAAAUGCAGGAAGGCAUGCCAGACCUCGGACUUCCUCCGAUGGAGCCCUUCAAGAUCCGCCAUUUGGAUUUCGAAACGCACAACAAGGAAAUCGGAGUGGUUCAAGUCUCCUUGGAUGAUUUGACGUUAAGUCAGCUGUCGACGUUCAAUGUGGACAGGGCAAGACUUUCGCUGAUCGGACCAACGGUAACCCUCAACAUUUCCAUCCCGACCAUACAUGCCACUGGCUAUUACAAUUUGACUGGAAUGUUGGGAGACAUGUUUCGACUUUUUGGAAGUGGCCCCUUUGAUGCAAGGAUCCACGGCUUCAGGUUCUACGUGGACACCGUCCUGGGAUAUUACAGAGGAGUUUACAUGAAGACCUUCGACUUCGACUUCUCCAUCGAGUCUGCUGACCUCGACCUGAAGGAGUUCAUGGGUGGCGGAGAAGUCGGCGAGGUCAUGAACGAGGUCUUGGAGAGUCUGACGCCGGAAGCUCUGCAGAUCGUCAAACCGGAAGUCCUUCCGAAGGUGCAGGAUUACGUGGCGACAAAAGCAAACGAGACAAUGCGGAAUCUAACGACAAGAGACGUUAUCAGGAUUCUACUAGGAGAAGCUAACAUCAGGGAUUUUACGCACCUUCUCGUCCCUUAAUCAAAGUUUUCGCGUUGUUCAAAAUGGACUUGGCAGAUUUGUCCUCCUUGGACAUCGGGAUGUGCCGGAGAAGUUAUCUCGCCGAUGAUAAAAAAGCUCUAGUAUUAACAGGUCCGCUGAGAAACGAGUGACUUUGAAAUUCCGAUUUGAGCUUCGUAUCGUAAUUAAUGCUCAAAGGCUGGCCCAUGGAAAUUUGCAUUCUUGCUUGCCAAUUGUCUAGUAUUUAAGAAAUAUGACCCGUCCUUUAAAUGUUAUCUACUCCUUUAUCUGAAAGCAAUUGAAAAUUUCUAGUGAAUAUCUGAUAGCAUACCGGUAAGGAAUACCUGCAGAUUUUUAGGAACUACGUUAACGUUGUUUAUGAAAUUAUUUGUCGUUACAGUAGGAGCCUUAGUUGGUAUUUUAAUCUUAACGUUUAGUUAGAGAUAUCGUUAACUUUGUAGAGAGCGAGAUCAGGAAAUACUGUGGCGCCAUCCGUGAUCAGCUGGCCUAAACGUUUAGCUCGUCAGAACUUCCUACUCGUGAUAAAACCUGUAUCCUAUAAGUUACCAAUAGUUAAUAACAGUAUAAAGUUACUACACCGUUUGUGGAGAUUGAUUUUUCACAAAGUACAAUAAAUCGUUAUUUUUCAUACGACAGUGACCAAACAAAGUUUGUAAAAUACGCUAGAAAAAAAUUGUUACAAUAACGGAAAAAUUCGAGUUCAACGUCAAACGACAUCUCGCGGCGACAUUUUGUAUUACAAAAUCUCGGUCGAUAUCAAAGAGCGCGUAAAUGAAUUUUAAAUAUAAAUCAUGCUGAACUCAUUUACGGUGUAUAUAAAAUCUGAUUAAGUACAUUGACAAUUUAGAGAACCGUAUAAAUGAAAGGUGAUUAAUUUUAAUAACGGGUGAAAUGUUGAAAAAAAAGAUUACAGGUUUACAAACAAUUUCAUCCGAGGCGGAAGGGAAUAUCUGACGUCUGUCACGAUUUAUUGUACACUGUGUUGAGGAAUCGAAUUAAUGUAAAUUUAAUGGUGUCUUCACCCGAGCCAGUCAAUUCAUCGCGAUAUUUACAGAGACUAUUGACACUAAUUUCCAAUUUUCUGUCGUACCACUUAAGGCCAAAUAAGGAUAUGAAUGACGCAAGCCAGAAGUCUAGCUUUUCCUAAUCUCUCAAUUAAGAUCAUACAUCAAUCCGAGGCAUAAGGCCAUAAUCGAAAAGACAAGCUAACUUCAGCCAACGAGCCAUUCCAAUCCCCAUUAGUCGACAGAAAUCGAUAAAAUACUCAUUCUUUACGCAAGUAUGUACUUAGGUGGAGAGAUAAAGAGAUCCUAGACAAUCGUUACUAUCUUUUCUCUCCAUAAAUGCGCAGUUUUCCACAUAAGCGCCUUCCUCCGUAUCCGCAGAAAUUGCAACAAAUUACUAGCUUGUCCAAAAAAAAAAAUCGACCCUUAAAAAUAUAUAAUAGUAUUAGUGUCGCAAGAGA